AUGUUUUCAGAUUACCCCGGGCGCUCUUCAGCAACUCACAUUCCUCUCAUUUCCGACAUGCGCUCCGUUCGUGUGACCGUUGCCCUAUUUUGGGCAGUGGUUGCUGUGGUGGGGUUUUGGGCUUCUCCGGACAGUCGCAUGACAGUGGCAGGUCCACAGUUCGCAGAUGCGGCGACAGGGAGAGUUGUUAAAUCUUUGAAACGGGCAAUGAACCAGGGCUGGCGCAAUGGAGCACAUUCCGUCUGCGCAAUUCUCGGAUGUGAUUACGAGCAAGUCAAAGCACAUCUUGCUCAUCAUCCUGCUUCCUUCCAUUCGUUCAAAGCAGUGUGCGCUCAGUUGGAUGAAUUUGAAGAGGAGAUUACAACCUCCAAACAGAGAGAAGAGGACUUGACCCCAAACCAGAAAGAAUACCGCUGGCUCCUCCUCAUGAAGGCAGCCGCCGUGCUUAACCACUGCCUUGGAACAAAAUUCAGCGUGCCGGCGAAUUUUGUUCCUCCGCACGUGAAGAGCAACGAAUACGUCCCCGGCCAGCGGGGGGACGGAGAUGAGAAGGAAAAACUGAAGAGUCGAAUGAAGGCACUGCAAGUAGUUGUCCCUCUUCCAACCGUCGACGAGAUUCAGAACUACGCUUCGCAGCGCCUCGCCAGCCUGCGGCAGACUCACAUGGACCAAACCAAGGAACUGGAGGAAGCUCGCCAUCGCAAAUUCUUGCUCCUUCAGGAGGAACACGACCGCCAGACGGAACAGAUGAUUUCAGAACUCAAGCUCAAACAAACUGAAGAGAUGGACACACUUCGUCGUGAACUGGCGGAGGAGAAGCGGCUUUUCGACCAUAGCGUGAAGGUUUGGGACGCAGUGAGUCGCCUGCUCACUGACGCACACUUGGGCAUCGAGGCACUUAGUGAACGGGUCCACUCUAUGAGUCAACAGGUGUUCAAAUUGAGUUCUUUUUAUGACAAGCUUCACUCGUAUCAACAAGCGUCUAAGGAGAACCCUACGGGCAAUGCAGCGUAUUCCGCCCUCUCGUACGCUUUUCAAAGUGAAGCCGCUGUCGAGCAGGCUAUGCAGCAAAUUGUCGCGACCUACCAGGAAGCAUCCGGCGCGGUAGCUCGCAUUCAAGAGAUUUUGAGUCAGGCAGAGGGUGUGACUGCGACGGCUCCACCGAGGGAUGAUGCCCCCUGGUUUCAGCAGCGCCAGCGAGGCUACAAAGAUCGUUUGGACAGUUUCAACAAUCUCCUGACUGACCUGUCAGUGCGACUGGAAGAUCUCAUGCAAACUGCUGAGGAGCGAAAACUCGUGAUACUGUUUUCUGGAGAUGAGGUCCGCACGCAGACCCUGGCGUUGCUUCAGGAACGAACCAACGACUGGUCGGCCCGACUGGCUACACUGCGUGAACGCGCGCAAGGCAUUGAAGUUGCGGCCAGCAAGUUCUUCGAGAGCAGUGCGCAGCUCGAUCGGACUACGGGCGAAGUUGUGAGUGCAGUUCUGCAGAACCCUGACGCAUUCAUCGUUCAGGUUUCCACGUACGCAACGGAAUCUGGAUCCCUUCGCUCUUCGGCGAAUGUUAUUGAAGAAGACUUAAAGAACCUGAUCAAGGCUCUUCAAGAGAUAGGAAGAGAAAUGACUGGAAUGACGGAAGGCAUAUCUGCUGCGCAGCUGCCACCUGCCGUCCUGGAGUUCCUCGGGUUGCCUGGACUCUUCAAUGCGCUCAAUGUCGACAUGCAGGUGAAGGCAAAAGGCCAGCAGAUGAUUCAACUCAUCAAAGCUCGUCUAAAUCAAACUGUCGAGAUUUCGCGAAAGCUGGAGAUGUUGAAGAAUGAGGUGAAAAACAUUCGGAGUCCUGCAGCUCGUGAGCAGGCGGAAUGGGCUCUCAGCGAGGUGUCGACAAAACUUCAAGACGUGUUAAGAGCUAAGGCUGAAGUCGAACUUGAGAUCCAGCAGAUCAAUCUCCAGCUGCAGCAGGCCCAAGCCACGAUUGCUCAACUCGACCAGCGGAUGAAUCACGAGCGCCUGGCGGCAAAGCGAGUGGCAGCCGGGAGCUCCGCCGCUGGAGGGUUGCGAGGAAACUCGCUCGCGUUUGGAGGCACCGUUGGUGGACUCGGGGGCUCUAUUGACGGACUGGGAACCUCUGCCGGUUCGGUGAUGGGCCUUGGAAGCUCUGUGGGUGGAGGACUCAACGCAGAUUCUCGAGUUACUCUUGUGGAGUUGGAGCAGCAACGCCAGGCUGCAAAGGAAAAGCUUCAGGAACUGCGCCAGAGUCUGUCAACGAAGCAGCGUGAAGCUGUGAGCCUUGAAAACGAAGCCCGUCGACUGGAGGCAGAAGUGGGAACCAAACAACGUGAACUGACGGAAGAGCAACAAAGAAUCGUGCGCACCAUGACUCUGGCUCAGUCGCUAACAACUGGUGCAGCCCCAACUGCCAGUAUGACCAUGGCAAGCUUGCGCGGAGGUCUUGGUAUGACAGGGGGCUUGGGCGGCGGCUCUGCUGCACUCAUGUCACAGGGGCUCAUGGGCUCCAGAGCGACGGGUAUGUUAGGUGGAAGCAUGGGUGGGCUAGGAGGAAGCAUGGGUGGUCUAGGAGGCAACGUGGGUGGGCUAGGAGGAAGCAUGGGUGGUCUAGGAGGCAACGUCGGAGGUCUAGGAGGAAGCAUGGGUGGUCUAGGAGGCAACGUGGGAGGGCUAGGAGGAAGCAGGGGUGGGCUAGGAGGACUAAGCAGAGGUGGAAUAUAA